GACAAAGACCACAUUGGAGUGACAAAGCCUGCGCGCGGCGCCACCAUGCGGCGGAAGGCGGUAUCGCUCUUCUUGUGCUACCUGCUACUCUUCGCCUGCGGCGGGGUGAAGGCAGGCAAUAGAAGACAGGAAAAAGAAGAGCGCUCGGAGGACAGCGGCUCCGGGGUCUGGGGCGCCCUGACCUACAUGGCUGUCGGAGGAGGGCUCCUGGCCGUGGGGCUGCCCGUUCUGGGCUUCACGAGCACGGGCAUCGCCGCCAACUCUGUGGCCGCCUGGUUGAUGAGCUGCUCCGCGGUGGCGAACGGGGGCGGUGUGCCCGCCGGGGGGCUGGUGGCCGUGCUGCAGAGCCUCGGGGCUAGUGGUGGCAGUGCCCUCAUGGGCAAGAUUGGUGCCUUUCUGGGCUACGCUGUCCACAAACACCUUGAAAACAGCCGGGAGAAGGAGGAGGAAGUGGAGGAGGAGGAGUAGGCAGAGGCUCCCAGGAAACCCUUCCUUCCAAUUGUAGUCGAGAGCUUUCUGUCACGCUCAUCAAUGACCUAAGUGGAAAAAGCAGAAUAAAAUCCUGUCAGAAAACA